UAGUGGUCAGUAGACACUAGACUGUUGCCUCAGUAGAGCACAGGCUGCAGCAAGUGGUAGUCCUGUGUUGCGUGCUCGUUAGCGCGACUACACAUCAGUUACGAUUUUCGAGUACCUAACUGCGCAGUAGUCGUGGAUAUGAUCUUAUGACACAAUUUGUGUAUUAGUUUUUGUAUUACCCAAUUGUUUUUACCAAAACGAAUCUAUUUUAAUGGUUGACUGGAUACCGUGUUACGAUCGUGCAAUUUGCUGUCGUCAAGAGUUAGAUGCUCAUUUGUUUUCCGGACAAAUUCUAAUGAAAUCAACGGUUUUCUGUGUUAACGAUAUAAUAUCAAGUCGUCCACCAUAAACUCAUUAUACUGUUCAUUCGCAGGAGGUCUGUUAAUUAUUGGUACUCAGAGGAAGAUUUGAUUCAAUAGAAGAAGAAAAAUGUUUUCUUCAAUGUUCAAAUCGCUUGUAACUGUAUCUAAUAAACAAAACAAGGAUAACAGUGAAUCAAAACAAAAUUCAAUUGAACAUACUAGACAAAAUAUUGAUAAUGUUCUUAAAUUAUUGAAUGAAAUCAAAGAUGAUGAUUGUACUGAAAAUAUAGUUGUUUCUAAUGCAGUGCCUUUGGACAUUAGUACCAAUGGUUUAUCAAUUCAUUCUGAUUUGGUGAAUAGUGUAAACGACACUAAAAGUAUUGGAAAAAAAAACCAAAUACCUGUUGAACAUACCAAUGAAACUCAAUUAUUAAACCAAAUAAAAUCUUUGCAUUGUUUAUUUACAUGGAAGUUAAAACCUCAAAACAAGCAAGAUAUUAUUACACAUAUUGAAAACAAAUAUGGUAAUUACAAUUUAGACAUUUCUGUAUCAGAAUUUACAUUUGUAAGAUUCAUUGGUAAUUUAAUCAUUAGCUAUGAAUUAUAUCAAAAUGGUAAACCAAAUGAAAGUGAUACAAAAAUUUUGGAAAUUGGUAAUUGGCUUGAAAAGUUGGAUAAAGGUACUGAUGAAUUUUACUUGUCUAUUAAUUCCGCCUUGAAGCACAUAAGAAUGUCAAAUUUUGUUCAUAUGUUAUUUGCUGCAAAUGAAACUGGAGGAUUUAAAUCGUUACUUAAAGAAAUUGUUCCAUUUGACAACAUGGAUAAUAAAUCCAAAGCUGCCGUGCAUAUCAUAAGAGCUGCUAUAUUAGUUGAAUAUGGUAGAAGUCUUGAAUGUUUUAAAAAUGCAUCGAAAUAUGCUAAAGAAGCAUGUGAAUUGGAUCCUAAUACUUCUCACUGGUUUCAUAUUUAUUCGUUGGUGUUGACUGCUCAAAGACAGUUUGUGUUUAGACAUAAGUUAUAUUCAACUGAGAGACUGUUGUUACAGAAAAAUGCGUUGUGUCCAACAGAAAAUGAAGUUAAUUCAGCAAUCCAGCAAGCUAUUAGUUCUUCUAAUGGAAAAAAUACUUAUUCUGUUAAUUUACUAGUAUUAACAUCUUUAAAUGAAUUAUUCGAAAAUGAAUUUCAAGUGGCACAAAAUGGAUUACCUGUUUUUAAAACAGAUGAUUCAAAAUAUAUCAAUGAAAUUGAUACCGAAUCAAAUUUAAAAAAAGAUAUGAAGAUAAUAGUUAAAAAGCAUAAAAAUGGUGAAGAUGCUGUUCCUUAUCUUAGUGAUUUAUUUCCAAAAUAUGAUGAAAAUGGCAAAUGGAAAAUUAUGGCUCAAAUGUGUUCAUAUACAAUAUUAUUCACAAAUAAUUUCAGAGCUGGCGUUGAACAGUUCUCAGCACUAAUUGGAGAGCCAACUGUUUCCGCUAGUGAUCUUAUUAUACAUCAUAACUCGUCAUUUAUUGGUUCAAAAAUAUUUAAUUUAGCAGAACUAAUUUGGAAUGAAAUUAAAUUGGCUACAGAAAACUCAAGUGCCACUUUUCUCAUGGAUAAUGUAUUUUACUAUACAACAUUCUUAAAAAUAAACGAAACGUUUAACCUAAAACUGAGAGCCGUAGACCCAUUUAUGAGGUUUAAAAUAAUCAGUGCUCCAUCUGCUAUACCUAAUUGUUCAAAAACAAUGUACAACAAUGAAUUUGAAAUGGAGCAAUAUUCUAAAUCCAAAAAAAUAUUUACUAACUCCCCGCAACAGUUAAAUUUAACUCAGGAUACAAACAUAUAUUACAAUCAACAUUUUAACUCUUUUCAACAAUAUCAAUGUACACAAUCAAUACCAUCGUUAAUGAAUUUAAACUUUGAUCUAAUAUUUCAAUCAACAUUUUAUACAAAUAAUACAACAACGAAUAUUUCUUCAAAUUUAACAAAUAUAGAUACCAGUUUAACCAAACUACCAAGAGGAUCAACUUCUCAAGCAACUUAUAAAGCUCGUCUCAAUAGUUUAUUACAAAAUUAUCCUCGUAGUUUUAGAAUAUAUACAGAUGCAUCGAAAAUUCAAAAUAAUGUUGGCAUUGCCAUUGUAUCUAAUAAGGAUGCAUACACCUAUAAACUAUCGUCAGACUAUACAUCAUGUGAAGCUGAAGCAGUAGCUAUAUUGAGGGCACUUGAUUAUGCAUUGGCAGAAAAUUUCGAUGAUUAUAUAAUUCUUAGUGAUUCAUUAAGUACUAUAUCGUGUAUUCAAAACAUUAAUACAGCAUCUGAUGUUGUUAAUAGUAUACUAUGCUUAAUACAUGCACACCAAUUAAAAGGCAAUUUAAUGCAUUUAAUUUGGAUUCCAAGUCACAAUGCAAUUGAAGGUAAUGAUAUAGCAGAUAGUCUUGCAAGACAAAUAGCCACAUCAACUACUGCGAUCACUUAUUCUCAUAACUCAUUUAUGGCAACAAAUAUAAAAUCAAAAUUUUUAAAAUCAUAAAAAUAUGUUAAUCAAGCAUUAAAGAUGAAACAAGAGCAAUGACAAUAUAAAUCUAAUCUAAGCUAAAAUCAUUAAAAAAUGUAUACUAAUACAUCUGCUAUGGCCCAUAGUACUCGUAUAAUCUAUAUACUAUGACCGUAAACCAAAAAAAAAAUACAAAAAUCUGAUAAAGAGCAAUGAUUAAAGCAAGAAUGUAAUUUUUAUAUACAACAUUGCUGUGAUAUCGGCUUAUUAAUAAUGAAAGAAAAAAAUUAUUCCAAAUUAUGACUUGACUUUUGACCUUGACAAAA